AGCUUCCCGGAGCUCAUGACGGCCGCCAAGUUUCUGCUGAUGCGCUCUGUGAUUGACAUCUGCCAGGAGGUCAUCAAGCAGUCCAAUGUGCAGCUCCUCGUGCCGCCCACACGCCCUGACAUUAUGCUCUUCCGUCCGGGGGCUGCUGACCUCGGCUUCCCUCUUGACAUGACCAACGGUGCCACUUUGGCACCCAAUGGCAACGGCAUUGCUGGUAUGCCUGAAGACGAGGCCGCACGGGCGGCCCUCACUGCUGCCCAGUCCUCCCUGCCUGUUCUGCAGGGCGUGGACCGCCUGCCCAUGGUGGCAGGACCUCUGUCCCCACCACUGCUGGCCUCACCCUUCCAGAAUGUUGCUGCUAGUGCCCCCACUUUAAGCACCAAGAGGGGCAGAGGGCGUCCCCGUAAAGCCAAUCUCUUGGACUCCAUGAUGUUUGGUACCCCAGGGGGCCUGCGAGAGGCUGGUAUCCUGCCUUGUGGCCUCUGCGGGAAAGUAUUUACGGAUGCUAAUCGCCUUCGUCAGCAUGAGGCUCAACAUGGGGUGACAAGCUUGCAGCUGGGCUACAUAGACAUCCCACCCCCGAGACUGGGUGAAAAUGGUGUCCCUGGUCAGGAUGACCCCGAUGCACCCCGAAAAAGAAGCAGGACGAGGAAACAGGUGGCCUGUGAGAUCUGUGGCAAGAUUUUUCGGGACGUGUACCACCUGAAUCGGCACAAGCUGUCGCACUCUGGCGAGAAGCCUUACUCUUGUCCGGUGUGUGGCUUACGGUUCAAGCGGAAAGACAGGAUGUCCUAUCAUGUUCGAUCUCACGAUGGCUCUGUGGGAAAGCCCUACAUCUGCCAGAGCUGUGGAAAAGGCUUUUCCAGGCCAGACCACUUGAACGGACACAUCAAACAGGUGCAUACCUCAGAGAGACCUCACAAAUGUCAGGAAAAUGGCAGCCACCAUGGAAUAAGCUCAGAGACAUCCACAUCCAUAGAAAAGUUGAAACUUCAAGAGACUUGUAAUGCUUCCUUUGCCACUCGUGACCGACUGCGCUCACACCUAGCAUGCCAUGAAGACAAAGUUCCAUGCCAGGUGUGUGGGAAGUACUUGCGAGCAGCAUAUAUGGCAGAUCAUUUGAAGAAACAUAGUGAAGGACCAAGCAAUUUCUGCACUAUCUGUAACCGAGGUUUCUCCUCUGCCUCCUACUUAAAGGUCCAUGUUAAAACCCACCACGGUGUUCCCCUUCCCCAGGUCUCCAGGCACCAGGAGUCCAUCCCGAAUGGGGGAGCAGCGUUCCACUGCGUCAGGACCUAUGGCAUCAAAGGCCAGAAAUGUUCACAUUCGGACCCGAUUGAGAGUUCUGAUUCAUACGGAGACCUCUCUGACACCAGUGACCUCAAGACUCCUGAGAAACAGAGCACCAAUGGGUCCUUCUCGUGUGACAUGGCAGUCAGCAAAAACAAAAUGGAGACGGAAGGAGAGAAGAAGUACCCUUGCCCUGAAUGUGGCAGCUUUUUCAGAUCAAAGUCUUAUCUGAACAAACACAUACAAAAAGUUCACGUCAGGGCCCUUGGUGGCCCAUUGGGGGACCUCGGUCCUGCUCUAGGAUCCCCCUUUUCACCCCAACAGAACAUGUCUCUCCUGGAGUCAUUUGGGUUUCAGAUCGUCCAGUCAGCAUUUGCAUCAUCCCUAGUGGAUCCAGAGGUCGACCAGCAACCAAUGGGGCCAGAGGGGAAAUGA